AUGUACAAGUACAUCCAGAAAAUGGGUACGCUCUUGCGAAAUGUGCCGCCAUCUUCUCAAGCCUCAUUACGACCGCUUCCGAUAUCUAAGGAAGCCUGGCAUUCCAUCAGUAUGGACUUCAUCAUUGGGAUUUUACCGGAUGAGAAGAAUCCCACUGGCGUCUUGGUUUUUGCGGAUCGAUUUAGCAAGAUGGUGCACUUUGCUCCAGUCUCCGCGCACAUUAGAGCGGAUGCAACCGCGGAGUUAUGCGACAUCGUUCACGUCGUGGAGCUUAUUCCUUCCACUCGCCGAAUUGCAAUCAACAAUGCAGUCGAUGCGUCAACAGGAUUGACGACAUUUUUCGUGAGCACCGCGAGGCCCCCUCGCGUUUCAGCGCAUCUUGCUUUCAAAGAUUCACCACACACAAGCUCUACGCUUGGUGGGGGAGUAUCUGCCGAUGGUAUUGCGCCGGAACAUUUGAUGAUUGAUUACGUUGUCGAUAAGGUCGCUCACGAUGCGUCUCAUGCUGUUAAUUUUGUGGCCAACGGCAUCUCAAGUCCCGACACGAUGCAUCCCGUCACGCCCUCCUUAGCUAAUUUUGCUCCUACAGAGCUCACUUCACCUAUUAGCUCGGCUGCUGUGACCGACCUUAUAUUGCUACGACAAGGCAUUACACGCUUUGUACGUGAUGCCUUUCAACAAGCCGUCGACAUGCAAAAAGAGAACGAGGCCAAGCGAGGUCGAAAGCAUCUGUCAAAAUUUAACGAAGGUGAUAGAGCCCUGUUUUUCGACAAGUAG